AUGACCCAGCCGAUAUACGAUGUGGUGAUCGUCGGUGCCGGCCUGUCGGGCCUCCAGGCUGCAUGCACCGUCCACCAGGCAGGUCUAAGCUACGUCGUCCUUGAAGCGCGAGACCGUGUUGGAGGGAGGACGUUGACGGCUCGAUCGAGCACCGGAACGGCGAAAGCCGAGUUGGGCGCAGCAUGGAUCAACGACACAAACCAGAGUCGCAUGUGGGCGCUCGCGGAAGAAUUGGGCCUGCAUACCUUUGUCCAAAACACGGAUGGCGAUGUCGUCGUGCAAGACUUUGAUGGAAGCCUGGUGAAGUUCCCGUACGGCGAAGCGCCGAAGUACCCGUCAGACCAGGACACGGAGUCAUGCAUCUCAAUCCGAGACCUGGUUGAGAACCUCUCCACCACCCAGUCGCCCUCUAUCUUCUCGCCGGGCCCUCACCGGGACAGUCUUGACUCGAUCUCGUUCGAGACUUUCCUGCAGCGUGCCAGAGUGACGGAUAAGGCGCUGGCCACUGCUCAGGUGUGGACUCACGCCAUGCUCGGCGUGGACCCGUCCGAGGUAUCGGCUUUGUACUUUAUAGAAUACUGCGCCGCCGGGGGAGGCCUGAUGACGAUGCGCUCCGACAGCAAAGGAGGCGGCCAGUACCUCCGUAUCCGCGAAGGGACCUCAUCAUUCGCAGAGGGUCUACUCGAGAAGUUGAACCCGAGAUCCAUCAAGCUGAGCAGCCCUGUGGCAGAGAUCCAUCAACAACCAGACGGGACCGGGACAGAGACAGGAACGGUCUCAAUCUCCGUUGGAGGCCCAGCGCCAGCGCCGCCGCAGACGUACCUGGCUCGCAGAGUCAUCGUCUCCGUUCCCACGCCCGUGUACAGAACCAUCAAAUUCUCCCCGGCCCUACCGGCCGCGAAGAGCGCAAUCGUCAACCGUACACGCUACGGGUUCUACACGAAAUAUAUCGUCAACUUCAGCGAGGCGUUCUGGACCAAGAGUCGGUUAUGCGGCCUCGCACAGUCGUUCGUCGGCCCCGUCUCUGUUUUCCGCGACACAAGUCUCGGCCCCGAGCAGCCCGCCAUGACAUGUUUCAUCGGCGGCAGUUUCGGCAGGAAGUGGGCAUCGCAGGACGCCGAGGCCAAGAAAGCGUCCGUCCUCAAACAGAUGGGUGAAAUCUUCGCGGGUGGCGAGGAUAUCAGCGAGUUCGUGGUUGAAGCGGUCGAGUCGCCGUGGAUGGAGGAGGAAUUUUCCGGCUGGGGCUGUCCGUGUGCGAACAUGCCUCCCGGCGUGCUCGCGCAGGGGUGGGACGCGCUGUGUGCGCCGUUUGGGCAUGUCUUCUUUGUGGGCACGGAACUCAGCACCGUGUGGCGAGGAUAUAUGGAGGGGGCUGUGAGGAGUGGGGAGAGCGGUGCUUGGCAGGCCAUUGCUGAUCUUAGGGGCGGAAGGCGGCAGCAGCAGCAGCAGCAGCAGACUUCAAAGCUGUAG